ACCGCUUUUUUCUCUCUGUAAAGGUGUACGGUGGAUUCUUCCAUCAGAUUCAUCCCGAAAUAGACCAGGAAAGGGAAGAUUCACACUGUGUACAUUGUGGUGUUGGUUAAGUUACUCAACUAGCGCUACUAAUCAAAAGAGUAAUUCAAUUAUAAACAGCCGCUCGUAUUUUAAAAUCAAGUGUUUCCAAAAUUGCCAUUGAAAGAAGAUAAAGAAAAGUAUAUACGCAGUUAUAACCGGCACAGAUCAAUGUUGCUUUGGAACUUGUGUGGGGCUUGCCGCUGUGAAAAUGACCCACUUACCAUUUUGCCUCAGUGCUAUAUUGCUAUGCACCAUAACAGGUGCUGUUUCAGAUUACUGCCAUGAAACAGCUCAGUAUCUGGAUGCUAUCGUUUCUCCCAACCUGAAGACAACCAAAAUCCUGCGGGUUCCUCCAGCAGUAUCAAUGUCGGAAUGUAUAUCGGCGUGUUGUGACUUUACUGACUGUGACUUGGCAUGGAUGUUUGAGGGUCGCUGUUACAUUAUAAAUUGUCAACACAGGGAUGAGUGUGAGCCAAAAAUGACCAGUGCUGUGGAAUCUUACUUAAGUUUUGUGCAGCGGUCACCAGCUCAGAAGCCAAGCUUACAAGAUGCCUAUCAUAAAGGCAAAGGGCAUUCCAUGGGGAAGCAAAGGGACUCGGUGCCAACUGAGGGGACUAUUAAUCUGCAAGAUCUUUAUGGUGAAGACUUGACCCUUGAUGGCUCUAUUGCGAAGAACUCCAUAAAGGACUACAAAGAAAUACCCGCCGCUACUUUUGGGAAUUCAGAAAUUUCCAGCAAGGGUCAAGGGCAAAUGCAAGGCUCACAGCCCUGGCCACUGUGGGAUUUUAAAUAUGAUGCUGAUGUGUCUUCAGUGAAGGCAAGUGGGGUCGGUGUUGAAGAGGAGGAUGCUGGAAUUCAAAGCAGAGCCCCUCUAAAUGUGAGUUUCCCAGUUAAUGAAUCUCAGCAGGAAGAAUGGAGUGAUGAAACAAAGCAAGAGGUGAACAAUGUUAUGAAAUUAGUCCCUUUGGAGAGAGUGAGCAAAGGAAAACUACUACAAAAGUUCAAUGAAAACAGAACCAGUGUCCAAGAGGAAGAUGCAUUUCCAUCAAAUUCAUCACAUGUUGAAACAUUGACUACAACGCUGAACCCAGAAACAAGCAGUUUUGCGUCUGAAUACCAACAGAAAUCUAGAGAAGGCAUCCAGAUUAUAACUCCCAGUGUUGAGAGUUCACUCGCUUCACAGCCUCCAGCCACAGAGACAUUAACAAUCACUACGCAACGAGUCAAGGAGCUGGUUGUAUCUGCGGGAAGUAACAUAGUGAUCACGCAACCCAAAAAUUCUGUGGAGCUGAAUACUUUUGUGGUUCCUGCACCAUCAGCAGAAUCACCUUAUAGUUAUCAGUGGAAUCUAGUGAGCCAUCCCGUGGACUUUGAGGGUAUAAUGGAAGGCAAGGAUUCUCCGACACUGAAGCUAUCUCAGUUGUCAGAUGGCCUAUACGUUUUCAGAGUCUGUGUGUCUGGAGAAGGUGCUUAUGGAGAAAGCUUUAUCAACGUCACUGUGAAACCUGCUCCUCGCAUCAAUCAACCACCAGUAGCUAUCGCCUCACCAUGGAUACAAGAAGUUUCCCUACCUACAACCUCAACAUUUAUUGAUGGCAGUCAAAGUACGGAUGAUGACAGGAUUGUGAGUUAUCGCUGGGAGGAGAUUAAGGGUCCCCUGCGAGAACAAAAGGCAUCAGCAAACACUGCCAUCCUCCAUUUGUCUAACCUCGUGACUGGUAACUACACCUUCAGACUCACUGUGCUUGAUUCAGAUGGGAUUGAGAACUCGACAACUGCUAUGGUGAUUGUCAGCAGACCUGUGGAUUAUCCACCCAUAGCAAACGCUGGCCCGAAUCAGGCAAUAACCCUGCCCUGUAAUAGCAUUACACUGAACGGAAACCAGAGCAACGAUGAUUAUCAGAUUGUGAACUAUGAGUGGUCACUCAGUCCGAACAGCAAGGGCAAGGUGGUUGAAAUGCAGGGUGUGCGGACUCCUUACCUCCAGUUGUCUGCGAUGCAGGAAGGGGAUUAUACAUUCCAGCUCACCGUUACAGACUCUGCUGGGCAGCAGUCCUCAACUGAGGUGACGGUCAUUGUCCAGCCUGAGAAAAACAGCCCCCCAAUAGCAAUUGUGGGUCCUGACAAAGAAUUAAUAAGCCCGGUAGAAAGUACUACUUUGGAUGGACAAGGGAGCACUGAUGAUCAGGGUAUUAUCUCAUAUCACUGGGAGAAGAUCAGUGGCCCUGAUGUGAAAGUUGAGGAUAAUAACAAGGCUGUGGCCACAGUGAUAGGGCUUCACGUUGGGACAUACCAAUUCAGGCUGACUGUCACUGACCAGCAAGGCCUAAGCAGCUCAAAAACAGUGGCAGUCACUAUCAAAGAAAAAACCAAUAAUCGUCCUGUAGCUAAUGCUGGAGGUAACCAUUUUCUGGCUUUACCCAAUAACUCCAUCACCCUUGAUGGUUCCAACUCCACUGAUGACCAAGACAUUGUAUCUUAUCUUUGGACGCGGGAUGGCCAGAGUCCUGCUGCAGGUGAGGUAAUACAUUAUUCAGAUCAUGAAGCAAGACUGCAGCUAACUAACCUUGUGGAAGGGAAGUAUGUUUUUCACCUGAAAGUCACUGAUGCAAAUGGGGAGUCGGACACAGAUAGCACCACUGUUGAAGUACGACCAGAUCCUAGGAAGAAUGACUUGGUGGAGCUGGUGCUCCAGGUCGGAGUGAGCAGUCUGACUGAGCAACAGAAGGAUACUCUUGUGCGACAACUGGCAGUGCUGCUUGGGGUGCUUGACACAGACAUCAAUGUCCAGAAGAUUCAGGCACAUUCCGAUUCCAGUACAUUAUUGACAUUCUACGUUCAAGAUGGGCAGCCAUACAGGGUGUCCAAAGGUGUGGAUGUGGCCAGGAGUUUGCAGAAACAGCUCAUGAGAGAGAAAGUGGAUUUCCUGCUUUUUAAAACCCUGAGGAUAGAUACAGCUGUCUGCUUUCUGAAAUGCUCAGGUCAUGGGCACUGUGACCCAUUCACUAAGCGUUGUGUCUGCUAUGCAUUCUGGAUGGAGAAUCUGAUACAGCAUUACUUCGACGAUGGAGAGAGCAACUGUGACUGGAGUGUGUUGUAUGUGAUUUUGUCAGUGUUUCUAAUGAUCAUCAUUAUUGGCGGAAUAUGCUGGACAUGUAUCUGUUGCUGUAAGAGAAAGCGAACCAAAGUAAGGAAGAAAAACAAGUACACCAUCUUAGACAACAUGGAUGAUCAGGAACAAAUGGCACUGAGGCCAAAAUAUGGUGUGAAACACAAAAGCACAGAACAUAACUCAAGUCUGAUGAUAUCUGAAUCAGAAUUUGACAGUGAUCAGAACACACUCUUUAGCAGAGAAACCAUCGAGGAGAACCAUAAAGUUGUUGUGAAUGGCUCACUUAAGAAUGGAGUCUCCUUUAAUUAUCAUCCCCAAAACAGAUAAAUUUGCUGAAUAAAAGGAUGCGGUCUACUUGUGGUGCACUUCUAUUGUAGUGCAAAACUGGGUACACUUACCCUCUUGGAAAUUAUUAACGAACAUUUAAAUCUUCUUUUCAAAAUGUUGGUGUACUCUGGAAGAGAUUUUUUUUCAGAAACUACUGAAGGAAACAUUUUUUUCAGCUCUCGAUUGUUCAUCUUGGAUGUCGACACCUUGACAGCAGAGAGGUUUGUUAGAUAUGAACUACUGAGGGACUUUGUAAUUUCAGUUUCCUGUAGACUUAUGUUUCUAGGAAUUUUUGAUACGUCUGCAAUGACAUAGCAAAUAAACGUGAGAUAAGAGCAGCUCCAACUGUAAGAAAGUUCACGUGAAUUAUUUUCAUGGAGUAAUUUCUUCAUGUGGAAAUCCAUAUUGGUAAUGAAAACUAGUAGAAUGCAUGAAUGGUACAUUUCAUAUCCUGAUGCUAAAUAUUAAAGUUUUCAAAAACCAAAGGUUAAUUCAUAGUGAAACAAAUGGAUCUGGAUAUUACAUUUAAAUUCUCUUUCUCACAAUAUGAAAGCAUCAGUCCCUAUCUGUUUUGGUUCUGCAGUGCAGCAAUAUUGUUUCUUGUACAGUUAGCUGUGCAAAUAUGAUUCUCUGUUUACAUUUGGGAAAUUUCCAUAAAUGAGAAACCCUUUUUUUUGUGACUAAUUUUCAGUCUAAUUGGUUGGACUAAAAUACAAAUGAGCCAAAAGCAAAGUCGUAGGUAGAAUUAGUAAAGCAAAUUAAGUAAUAGCUAGCUAUGACAAAUCGAGGUUGGAGCAAUUAAUUUAGAAUGUACUUCCUCCAAAUUCAAAUACCUUUAUUUGCAAUCCAUAAUCUAUCAAAAGACUUGAGCAUUGUAUGCAUUAUCAUGUUAAUUCCAGUCUCAUUCUUCACUGAGCCAGUUGAAUACUUUUGAAUUACAGCCACUUGGAUAGAGACCAGGCACCCCAUAUGUACACAGUGAGAUUGAUGAACAAAUCAUCUGUUUUGUGCUGUAGGUUUAAGGAAAGAGGGAAAAUGAUUAAAUAUUAGUUUCUAGAUUGGGAAAGAAAAACUGAACCAACCUAAGUGCAUUUAAUUUUGUCCUAUUCCCACUAGUUGGUAACAUUAUCUUAAUCUUUCCAAGUAAAACAAUUAAUGGAGGAAUUCAAAAUGACAAGCGAUCU